AUGCAUAUCACAAUUUCGCUUUUAUGUAUUGUCGCGCCAACGCAUUCAUGUUGGUUUGCAGAGUUUGCGGAUGCUAAUACCACAUUUUUGUGUCGAAUAUACUAUGCGGAGGAAUUUCGCCAACUUCGACAAUUGGUUCUACCACAAGGGGAGAUGGCUUUCAUUCGAUCGCUUUCACGAUGUCGCAAUUGGAAUGCACAGGGUGGAAAGUCUGGAUCGUGUUUUAUGAAAACUUAUGAUGAGCGUUUUGUGGUGAAGGAGGUAUCAAGCAUUGAAAUGAAGACCUUUCAUGACGUCAGAAAACAAUACUUUGACUACCUCCUAUCGGCUGCUUCUGUACAGCGCCUCUCCCUCCUCGCUCGCAUCUUUGGAAUAUUCCACAUUGAUUACAAAAACGUUAUCACCGGGGAUGCGCGUCGGUUGGAUGUACUGGUGAUGGAGAACCUCUUUCACAACCGUCCUGGCAUUACACACAUCUACGACUUGAAGGGCAGUCUACGUGGUCGGCUGAUCGCCAAAACAGACAAUCCUACGGUUGAGGUUACGCCCCCCGUUACUACGACCGCUACCGCCUCCACUAGUGUCGCUACGGCUACCACUCUGGACGCAUCGUCCCGAGGUACCUGGGAUGAACAGGCUACAGUUUCGCGAGUGCCCGUACUGCUGGAUCAGAAUUUCAUCAAUGAAUCGCUGGAGAAUCCCAUCUACCUGCGUUUACAUUCUAAGAAUGCUUUGAUGCAUUGUCUCAACAUGGACACCCAGUUUUUGGCCGAUCUUUUCAUAAUGGACUACUCCUUAUUGGUGGGUAUGGAUCGGAGGGCAGGUCAACUGGUGGUGGGCAUAAUCGACUACCUACGCAAGUUUACACUAAACAAGCGGCUUGAAAUGUUCGUGAAACAGACCUUAACUAGUGUACAAGGUCCUAUGCCCACCAUCAUCAUGCCUGUGGACUACAGAGAGCGUCUGCUCGAUCAGAUGGAGCGCAAUUUUCACCUCGUGCCCGAUCAAUGGUACGACUCUCUCGCUGAUCAUCGAGAAGCCUGA